AUGGGCCAUACGGGAACUACAACCUCGAGGGGCUCGCGGAUUGGCUUGUCCAACGAUCAUGCCGGCAUACUGGGCGAUACGACCGUCCACAGCGGCUCCAUCAUAGAAGCCAACCGUCUCUUACAAAAGAACCAUGAAGAAUGGCAUAUGUUCUUCCGCGACCGAGCAGGACACAACCACAUCGCGCACUCCAUCCUGACCUGCUUGGCUCUGGGCGCUGCACCAGAGGAUAUCCACCGCGCCUACGACGACGGCGUGGGCAUCCAGCGCCCGAUUCCCGAAGUCGACCCCACGACAGUCGAGCGACUCUCCAACGAGGAAUUCUUCUAUGAGACUCUGGGAGAAAUUGCACAAUACACUUCCUUCCUUGACUUCUUUCAACACCAGAUAGAUGAGCACGGUUGGAAAGUAACCGUGAACAAAUAUAUUUUCUCACGUACCAGAGUGGCUGAGAAAAUGCUUGCUCGGCUCUAUGAAGGCGCCUAUCACCCCAUCAUCCACUUGGGGCUGGGUAUUGAAUUCCAACAACCUGUUAUCAUUGCAGAAGCACUUGCACAAGCCGCUGCUCAUGAUGACAGCCACAUCAGCAAACUCUUUGAGGCCUGUGAGGCCCAAGCAGCCAUUUCUUACCCGCCCAAGAAUCCAAAGUCACUCAUCCAGCUCCUCCAGGAGACCCAAGCAAACGACAUCAUCCGCACCGCCCCUCGCUGGGAGGACUUUGGCAACAAGAUGCGGGAUGGCGUUGUAGGUCGUGCAAAUAUGGAAAUGGCUUUCAUCGCAUCUCAAUUUACUAUUAAACCCGAAGAGCUGGAGCGUCGCACCGCCGAGAUGAUCAGUACCUGUGCGUACAUGGCUGGUGCGAGCCAACGGCCGGGUCGGAAGACGAAGAUUGACUUCUUUUACAUGCACACGCUCACCAGCUCGAUCUUCUUUAGCGUGCUUAUCAAGCAGGAUUGGAUCAAGCUUGAGGACAAAGUGCGGUUAGUCGAGUGGAAGGGCCGGCUAGAUCUGGCGUGGUAUGUUGUCAGCGGAUCGGCGCAGCUGUAUGAGGACGCCGUCACCAAGUACCAUGACGAUUUUAGUGCCGGGAUGGGGUGGAAGGAGCUAUAUGCAGCAGUGAAUAAGGAACAUGACGAUGGCCACGUCGCGAAGACGAUCCGAGCUUUGAAGAACGGGCAGGAGGCAUCACGGCCAUUUGAGGAAGGGUUUGCGGAUUCGUUCCCCGUUAAAGGCGAUAUGUGGUUGAAGAUUGCGCGGAUGGCGUUGGAUACUACUAAGGACUGGCCGACAGAUCAGAAAUUUGUUAACUUUACGGGUUUUGAUAUGGGGUGGAAGAUUCGGCCUGAUCUCGCUUAG